AUGGAAGACCUUCGGCAACAGAGAGGUGCCAGGAAAAAAAACUUGGAACAGGAGUUGUCCAAUCUCGGUUUGGUGCUCAGGUACGACAGCAGGCUCUGCUCCUGCUACAUCAACGGCAUAACGUCUCCGGAGUGGACUGCCUCUAAAGUGGCCAAAGAGUGCGCACUAAUGCACUGGCUACACAAUUUUACCGACUACGAAAAACGGUGCGCGGUGGCGGCGACACAACUGUCUCGAAAGAUGUGGUUUCAUAGCGGACAGAACUUUGCCGAUUACAUGAAAAGGCGCGUGUACCCCGCUAUUAAGGAGGAUAUUCUGAAGGAGAACGAAGGCGGUCCGGAAGAGUGGCCAUGGGUCAAACACACGGCCGCCCCCGAUUCGUUGACUACAUCGUCGACCUGA